AGCGAAAUAUGUUAAUCAUUGAAUGUAUGGAUUUUUUUUUUCAUCCCUACUUACAACUAAACAACGUGUUGAUUUAUUUUGUGAUUAGGAGAAUGAAAGAGACGCAAGCCAAUGCAUAAUAGGAAGAAGAUAUUUGAAAAAAAAGAAAGAAGCAAGAGGCAAAGAAAGAUGGGUGCAGAUUGGGCUGAACUUCCCAAAGAGCUGGUGGAAUCAAUCUCGAAACUCCUAACCAUCUACUCCGAUUACCUCCGAUUCCGUUCCGUCUGCCGGAGCUGGCGAUCCUCCGUUCGGAAAACCCCCGUCCACCUCCCUCCCCAGCUCCCAUGGCUCAUGCUCUCCCACCGCGCCUUCUUCGACCUCUCCCUCCACAAAACCCACCUCCUCCGCAACCACCCUCAACCCCCUCACACCAGAAUCUGCGCCUCCUCCCACGGCUGGCUCGCCCUCCUCGACCACACCCCCAACCUCCGCCUCCUCAACCCCCUCACGCGCGCCACGCGCUCCCUCCCCCCGCUCCACACCUUCCCCAACGUCCUCACCUUCAACCACUCCCUCGUGGGCCGCGAGUACCUAGUCGCCAACCCCCACGGCGCCGUCCACACGCUCAGCUCGCGACACGUGUGCACCUCCUUCCUCACCAAGCUCGUCCUCUCCCAGAGCCCCUCGCGAGGCCCCCACUUCGCCGCGCUCGCCAUCGUCGCCCAGAACAACCUGGCCUUCUGCAGAAACGGCUCCGACGCGUGGAUCUUCGUGAACGACGAGGACGGGGAACUCUACUGCUGGGAGGACGUUGUCGACUACAACGGCGUGUUUUUCGCGGUGAGUAAGGGAGGGACCAUUGCGGUGUGCGAUCCCGCUUGUUCUCGCUCCCCGCCCAGGGUUUCGCUUAUUCAGCCAACGGCGCCGUUUGGCUUCGUCGGUGACAUUAACUACGCGGUGUUUUCCGCCGGAGAUUUCUUGCUCGUGACUCGCCUUCUCGAUCAGGAGUUUUCUGACGCUGCCGGGGUGGAGUCCAACUUGGUGUACCGGACGGUGUCGUUUGAGGUUUUUAAGAUGAAUUGGGGGUUGCUGACGUGGCAGAGGCUCGACACUUUGGGUGACCGCGUUUUGUUUGUAGGGGGGAAUUCUUCGCUGUCGUUUUGUGCGUCUGAUUUCGAGGGUUGUUCUGCGGAUUGCAUCUAUUUCACCGACGAUUAUUCGGAGUUGAAUGACGAUGAUGCGUGUGGGAAGCAUGAUUUGGGGAUUUUUAGGUUAUGCGAUAAGAGUAUUGAACCCUUGCCGUGUUUUCCACCGGGUUCGUUUUCUCAGCUAGGGUGGCCGCUCCCAAUUUGGCUCUCGCCCAAUCCUUGUUGAAUUCAUUAAAGGUGUGAAGCCAUUUUCAAGUGUUUCUUUUUAUAUUUGAAUAAAAAAUCUAUUUGGAAUCACCUCCUGCACUCGGUGGUCAAAGUCAUUACUACUUUUAACUGAUGAAGGAACUGGCUUUUCCUUGGAAUGUCUCGAGGUCUGAAAUGAAGAGAAAGAUCACUCUGUAUUUAUGUUAUAUACAGUGAACUAUUUGUUUCUCACUACUUUGAUUUGUACACAAAAAUAAAAUGAUAUAUACUGGGACCUAUUUAGUGUAAACCUAUGAUGUAUUUGACCACUUAAAUCAUGGUGAAAUGGGUCUGGAUUAGAUUUAGAUUUUUCGCUGAUAGAGAUUGUGUUGUGCUUGACGAAGAAGGUAUUUUGAUGUUUAGAGUGAUAAAGAUUCUUUGGGUUUUGAAAUGUAAUGCGUUAGCGUGGAAGACAAAAAGAAUUAUUAUCGUGUUGAA